AUGGACACCAAGGCUGAGCCACGGUCCGCCUCGAGAGAGUCGUCCCGUUCGCUUAAUGGGACGAAACUGACACCAUAUCCGAAAUUGACACCAAAUGGGGUCCGUGGAAGACGUAACGAUGGGAUGGACUCGGAAGAAAUGGCAGUUGAAGACCCCGAGUCCCAUCGGCGAAUGACAAAGUCAACCUCUGCCGAUGCAGCUGACAUGCGCCGCAUGGGCCGAGAUCAAGAACUUGUUCGAAGCUUUCGUACAUUCUCGGUAGCUUCAUUUGCGGCGGUAGCUACGGCAGUCUGGGAGUUUACCAUCUUCCUGAUUACUCCCGCGCUCAUUGAUGGUGGCAGUCCAACUUUGGUAUACUCGACCAUCUGGGCGUUCGUCGGCUUUGGCCCAACAUAUCUUAGUAUGGCUGAAAUGGCUAGUAUGGCUCCCAUCGCCGGCGCCCAGUAUCACUGGGUCAGCGAAUUCGCGCCAGAAAACAUGCAAAAACCUCUAAGUUACGUGAGCGGAUGGACAUCGUCUUUGGCCUUGCAAGCUGGUCAGUCCCUGGGCGUGCUUCUAACUGGUACUUUGAUCCAAACCACGAUACGCGUUAAUUACCCGGAGUACACGGCGCCACCAUGGCACAUGUUUGUGUUUAUUCUUGUUGCAGUUGUAACGGCUUUCGCUGGCAGUGUCUGGGGUUAUAGAGUCUUACCUCAUUGGCAGAACGCUGCAUUUGCUUUCCACGUGCUGGUCUACUUUGCUGUUCUAAUUCCCAUCUGGGUGAAUGCUCCCAAAGCAACUUCUGAGAAGGUUUGGACCGGAUUCGAAAACUUCGGAGGAUGGUCGAGCUUGGCGCUUGCCGUCAUGAUCGGACAAUUGCCCGGCAUAUCCGUUCAAGUCGGCGUUGACACAACCGUGCACAUGGCUGAAGAAGUUCGAAAUGCUGCCGUCUCUGUGCCCAAGGCGAUGCUGGCGGUGUACAUUACCGAUUUUGUACUGGUUCUUCCAAUGCUCGUCACGAUUAUGUACCAUAUUCCAGACACGGCGGCGGCAAUCGAAGACAUCAGCACCUAUCCCGUUGUUUAUGUACUACGGCAGUCCAUGAACACAGCCUGGCUGACUGUAGUACUCGUCGCGAUCAACGCCUUGUAUCGCUAG